AUGGAACGUCUGAUGGAAUCAGUCAUGGUUCUUUGCUCCAAUGCCAAUUAUGGAUGCACCCAGAAGCUCACUUACUACCAGAAAGAAGAGCACGAGAAGGCAUGCCCGCGCGCCCCAUGUUUCUGCCCGGCGUCCAGCUGCAGCUUUGCUGGGGCAAUAGACGCCCUCCUUGAACAUUCCGCCUCCGAGCACAAGUGGCCGUGUACAACCAUCAAGUACUCCGAAGAUGUUGAGCUCUGCCUAGAACCAGGUCUACAUUUUCUUCGUACCAAAGACAGAGAAAUUUUCCUGCUCAACGUGGCACUAGAGCCGUACGGGCAUGCCAUCUCUGUCGUCUGCAUCCAACCUAAAGCUAUAAACUCCAAGUUCAAGUGUAGGAUGUCCUAUGGUUCCUUUUUGAACGACUAUUACCAGAGAUCAGUUUACGAGAUACGAAGCUCAUCGUUAUUUGAUGGGCUACCAAAGGGAUACAACUUAAUUCUGCCCAAGGAUGAGAUAACUGAUGAUGGAAAGGGUACCUUGCUUACGUUCUCCAUUGAUGAUCCUAAUCCUAAAGUAAAGGUGCGUGAACCCAUACGUCUGAAACCUUUAAAUCGUGUCAUGGACCAAAACUGCUCAGGGUUUCAAAUGCUCUUUGUAACAAGUGAAAGGGGUUACGUUGAUCAUACACCGAAAAGGACCAAACUGCCUAUAAGGCUACCUAGUUAUUUGUCGAUUUCGACCAAGCCGCACAUCCGCUCGACGUCGUUUGAGAAGGAACUGCUGUUGAUGGGACUACAAGCUUUGGACGAUGCUCUCGUUCUUCAAGGAAAAAAGCUCCUCGUAGUGCGGCAUCCGGCGGCGCUGUGGGGGAAGGAGCGCGAUGCCAACGGCCUCACUGUCGAUCUGGGACAAGAUGUGUGCGGCAACAAUGGCAUGGCCCCUCUUGUGUGGGGAGGAGGGGUGGUGGCAAAGAGGAAAGAGGGAAUGGUGCUUGCGGGAGGUGGAAGACGCGUAAGGGAAUAA